CGUCUACAUAUCGGGUAACACUGGGCGGUUACCUCAUUUUAGCGCUUCGCGAAAGCCACAUUGGAGAACGGCAAAAAACAUUAUGCACAAAACUAAAACAAAAUGCGGGCUGCAUGGUGUGCGGGCUGCAUUCAAAUAGAAUCGGUCCCGCCGGUCCCGCUAACGCUUAGCCCCAAGCCAUCAAUGGUAUACCGCUUAUUUCCUCCUUCCUCCCACCUUCCUUUUCUUACGAACGACGCCUCUCACCUCUUCCUCCAUAUCGUUCUGUCCCCUAGUACUCGCUAACGAACAUCCUUUUUCUUCUUUUUUUACCUCUUAAUUGGCGCAAAUGGAUAUCGACUAUUCUAGUCCAGACGUUCUGUGCAGUUCAGAGACUGGCGCCAGCAGUGCCUGGGACAACGACUGGCACAUAGCUUCGCUGUUUAUAAUUAUUGGCACCAGCGCACUGGGCGUAUUUCUGCCCAUCAUUAGCCGGUCGCUGCCGCGAUUUGCCUUCCUGCCCGGACCGUUGCUGCAGUUCGGCCAGUUUUUCGGUGCAGGCGUCAUUAUUUCGACAGCGAUGAUACACAUAUUCCCUUCCGCCCACAGCGCACUGACCAACCCCUGUCUAGGUGACUUCGCCAGCCAGUAUGGUGCAUGGGCCAGCCUGUUCGCGAUGAUGGCCAUAUUCACCAUGCACAGCUUUGAGUGGUGGCUGUUUGAGGCUUGGUUGAACCGGUCGGCACACCAGCGGACGCCAAUGUCGGCAAUCGAGAGCGGGAAUGGCGUUGACGAUGAUAGCGUAAGCGAGCCGGUAUACCCUUUAUAUGCGCAUGGUUUCGACUCCCCCUGCUAUACCAUGCCGCCGCCCGUGCUGUCGCCAGCCAUCAACCCCUACGUGUUUAGCUCUGCAAACAUGACGCAAUCACUGGCCGCCGGCACAGGCGCGCCUUCAGUUUAUACGGUUCGCACGGGGUUUGCCUUGUCCCGAUAUGGUAAUUAUGCGGCGCUGGUGCAGUCGCGUCAGCACCUGGCCAUGAUGCAAAACGAUCGGCUGUCGCGCUACAUAUCCUCUGACCCACAGUUCCCGCUCUACACGCCAUCUAUGUGGCCAAUGCCACCAACCGGCAUGCAUACUAGCAAUGCGGCUAUGCACACGCAAGCAAAAUCGACACCAGAGCUAAUGCAUCGCAUGCAGCGGUCCAAUCGCACCUCCAAUGUCUCAUCAUCAGGCAAGCCGAGCAAUUCGUCCCGGGCCGUGUCGCUGCGGCCAAACUCUUUCACCAACCCGCUUCGUAGCAUUGCCUCCAAGACCCGCCGCAGUAGAGCUCGCAAGCAGCGCUGUCUGAGCAUGCCACGCCUAGCACCAACUACACUGGAGGCUGCGGUGCGUGGGGCCCUGCUGGAGCCAUUGCCGACAAAACGCGGUAGCGGCGUGAGUGGAUAUGUCGACAGCAUGCCUCAGCUGCCUCGCAGAGGGCCCUCGAUCGGACUAUGAAUAUAUGCAUCCUCCGCACCCAACAAGCAGCAAAUAUCCGGCGCCAGUCGUCGACAAACGGAUACGUCUGGAUACACCAGCAGCAGCUCCCAGCAGCACACCUUCACUGACCAGGCCACAGCGUUAUAGCACGAGU